AUGGCCUCACGCCCUCGCCGUGCCGCGGCUCAGAAGGCCAACACCGCGAUUACUGACAUGGUCGAUAGCGACAACAUCAUUAGUAGUAAGACGGGCAAGAUCAUGUCUUCCAGAGCACAAUCUCGUCGAUCUGAGGGUAAGAUUGCCGCCACAACCACUAGACGCGGCCAACCUUCGCCCUUGGGUUCUAACCAGCAUAUGCAUGUCACAGUCAAGCUCCCAGCGAGCAAGCUUCGCCAUGCCACCUCGAGCCGCAACGGCCAUUCUGGAGGCCGGGAAAGUUUCGAGGGUGGUGAAAUCUUGGAAGGAAAAAGAAAUCGAAGUCAGAAAAAGAGCUACGUUGUCGAAUCUAGUGAGGACGAUGCCGAGGGUGAGGAUGAUGAUGAUGCCGAGGCAGAGGAUGACACGAUGGAUCUCGGCGAUGAUGAUGCCGAGGGCGAGAUUGUCGAUGAUUCCAUGGACCUUGAUGUGGAUGCCGAAGGAGAGGAAGAUGACGACCUGAGUGAUGAGGAUGCGGAAGGUGAAGAGGACGACAUGACCAUGGACGUAACGCCUGCAGCUCCCGCCAUCAAGGUCUCGAAACCUUCAGCCUCCAGAGCAGCCGCUUCGAAAGCGAGGGCAGCUGCCAAACCAGCACUCAAGCAGGACGUUGCAGACGAUAACAGCGAACUCAGCGAGCUUGAUAGUGACGACGAGGAAAUUCAAGACACCGUUAAUGUCGGUGGAGCGGAUGAUGAAGAGGACGAGGACGCGGAAGGCGAAGAUGACGACGAUAUUGAGGCUGCAGGUGCCGCUGCUCAGGACGACGACGAGGGCGAGGAACUACUCAGCGAUGACGAUGGUAGUCGAGCAGCAUCGCCCGACUUUGCCAAAAUGACGAAGCGGCAGCGUGCCAGAUUCGAGGAUGACGAUGGCAGCCUGUUGAAACUCUCCGAUGAGGUUCAAGCAAAGAAGCAUUUUACUGCGGAAGAGCUUUCCAUGCGACGUGCCGAAAUGGCACGACGAAGACGGAAUCUGAGUGAGAAGCGCAAUGAAGAAGUCAAGAGAGAAACCAUCGACAAGCUGCUCAAGAAGCAAGCGCCCAAGACGAAUCGCAAGGCGCAAUUAGCAGCCGAAGAAGCAGCUCAAUUGGAAGAGAAGCCGAAUCCAGUCUUUGUUAGAUGGGUGAGCAACAAGGACGGCAACCGAGUUGCAGUCCCAGAUGAGAUCAUCGCAGGUCCCGCUGGAAAGGUCUUUAUCCCUGGCGGCCUCAGAAGCGGUAAAAUGGUCGAAGAAGUUAAUUGA